CACUCUCUAUCUCUCUCUCUCUCUUCCCCCUAGAAACCCAUUGACGCAAACGCUUUCUCUCUCUAGCCGAUACCAACCAAAAAUCCCAGAUUGCCGUUAAAUUCUUUGGGUUUUCUCUGAUGUUGACUUUACUAUAUUCUUCUUCAGCUGUUCAAAUACCUGAAUCCAUGUUCACGCGUUAGGAUUAUAUUGAUUAGAGUGGAUGAUAAGUAUAGGGAAGUUGGGCAGUUUUGCUGUGUUCUCCUUAUGUGGAUGAGCAAUCCUUUAGUUGAUUCUGGGUUUCUUGUUUGAUACCAGGUUUUAGUGGGGUAAGGAAUUAAUUCCGUAAUAAUGGAGUCCGACAUUUGCGUGAAUACUUCCUGCGGAGAAGUUACUGCUCACGAGUGGAAGAAGGGGUGGAUGCUGCGAUCUGGUGGAUUUGCCAAACUCUGUGAUAAGUGCGGAUCUGCCUAUGAAAAUUUGGUUUUCUGUAAAAAGUUCCACCUUGAAGAAGCUGGUUGGAGGAAGUGCAACUUCUGCAAAACGCCUAUUCACUGCGGAUGCAUAGCAUCUAAAUCUUUGUUCGAGUACCUUGAUUUUGGUGGUAUAGGCUGUAUUAACUGUGUAAAGUCUCCCCAGCUGCAUUUGAUGCAAAAUAGUGAAAUUUCUAAUGGGUCUAUUACAUCAACCAAAAAUGUUGCAAGUGACCGACAUUCUUGUCAUAUUGAUGGUAGAAUCUCUGUGGAUAGUGGUCGCGAAGGGAAACUUAUGCAGCUGUGCAAAAUUGUUGAAGCUAGUGAUUCUAGCCGCUGGACUCAAGUUCAGAGAGAUGGGAUACUUUUAUCUAGUGGGCAGACCAGCCAGGACGUUAAAUGUCCAAUAAGGGAAGUGGAUUUAGAAUUUUCAAACGUGAUGAAUCCAUCUGUUCAGUCAUUAACAUUUGCUAAAUUAGAAAAUAGCAGACCAGCAUGGGAGCUAAAGAAUAUGCAUGAAUUACCCGUGCAGCCAUCAUUGUGUAUGUCUCUGGGAACUCCAUCAGGAAACUCUAUCUUGCCUGCUGCUGGAGAAACUGUAGAAGGAAGAGGUGAGGAAAAGCCAUCUCCUUUUCAUCAAGGGCAAAGAUCUCGGCCUAUAUUGCCCAAACCACCAAAGAGUGGACUAACCAUAAAUCAUGAGACAAAUAAAGGCAUGCUUUCUCAGCCACGAAUAGCGCGGCCCCCUGCUGAGGCAAGAUGCAAGAAUCAGUUGCUUCCUCGAUAUUGGCCCCGGAUCACUGAUAAAGAGUUGGAGCAAUUGUCUGGAGAUUUGAAGUCCACUGUAGUGCCACUAUUUGAGAAGGUGUUGAGCGCCAGUGAUGCAGGUCGAAUUGGCCGUCUUGUUCUUCCAAAAGCAUGUGCUGAAGCUUAUUUUCCUCCCAUUUCUCAAUCAGAAGGUCUUCCUUUGCAUAUCCAAGAUGUGAAGGGGAAUGAGUGGACAUUUCAGUUUCGAUUUUGGCCCAAUAACAACAGUAGGAUGUAUGUAUUGGAGGGCGUCACUCCUUGCAUACAGUCCAUGCAAUUACGUGCUGGUGAUACUGUAAUAUUUAGUCGGAUAGAUCCCGGAGGUAAACUUGUUCUCGGUUUUAGGAAGGCAUCUAAUUCUGUAGAUGCACAGGACGCCUCCCCAUCUGCACCUUCAAAUGGCAUUCCAAUGAAGGAUACCUCGUGUUCUGGGGUCACUGAGAAACUUCACUUGGAAAACGGUUAUCCUGUUCUUCUCCUGUCGAUGAAGGGGAACAGGGAAGCUUGCUCAAAUGGACUUUCAGAACAUCUGCAUUUGAAUAGAAUGGAUGCUGGUUUGCCUAAGUCUGAAAAUUGUGGGAGCAUGACAAACAAUGAUUCCCUGCGGCAGCCAAUUACAGUUUCAGAGAAGAAGAGGACUCGUAAUAUUGGGUCUAAGAGUAAGAGGUUGCUCAUUCAUAGUGAAGAUGCCCUGGAGUUGAGACUUACUUGGGAAGAAGCUCAGGACUUACUUCGUCCACCUAGUGUCAAGCCCAGCAUUGUUACAAUAGAGGACCAUGUAUUUGAAGAGUAUGAUGAACCCCCUGUUUUUGGAAAGAGGACUUUUUUCACUACACAUUCAUCUGGCAGACAAGAUCAAUGGGCUCAAUGUGAUGACUGCUGUAAAUGGCGAAGGCUGCCAGUAGAUGUUCUACUUCCUCCUAAGUGGACAUGCUCAGAAAAUGAGUGGGAUGAUAGCAGGUCUCUGUGUUCUGCACCAGAGGAGCUCAGUCCAAAGGAGUUGGAAAAUCUUCUGAGAACUAGCAAAGGUUCUAAGAAGAGAAGAAUUGAAGAAGACAGGAAGUCACCCCAAGAGCAUGAAACUUCCGGCUUAGAUGCUCUUGCCAGUGUGGCAGUUUUAGGAGACAAUUUUCUUUCCCCUGCUGAGUCAUCUGCAGGAAUCACCACCAAACAUCCUCGACACCGUCCAGGAUGCACCUGCAUAGUGUGCAUCCAGCCACCAAGUGGGAAGGGGAGACACAAGCCGACAUGUAUUUGCAAUGUGUGCAUGACCGUGAAACGCCGUUUCAAAACCCUCAUGAUGCGUAAAAAGAAACGGCAAUCAGAACGUGAAGCAGAUGCCACUGAGAAGGAAGCAGGCCACCAGAGGGAUGCAUCUGAAAUGAAUGGGGCUUCAAGGGACGAUACAAUUUGUUUAGAAAAAGGGGGUGACCUAGUCACAGGUCAAACUGAUGUCAGUGAACCCAGUACUGGACAAAUAGAUCUGAAUUGUCAUCCCAAACGUGAAGAAAUACUAGUUGAUGAAACAGAACUGAGCAUGACCAGUCAUCUUGAAACAACUAACUAUCUACAAUAAGAAAUAUCUGAAGAAAAUUGGCGUAAGAGGCUUAAAUUGCAAACAAGAUGCUAGGUUUUUGCUUACUCUGCAUCCGAUUGUUUGCAAGUCGGGGAAGAAUAGAUGAUGAGGUAUACUGUGAACCAACUUAAAGUCUCUUUUCUUUUCUUUUUAUUCCUUUACCCCCCCCGUUUUGGCGACCCCUUUUUCACUUGAUAUCUAUCACAGAGUACAUAGUCCCGUUCAAAGGGUGGUAAAGGUAGCUCCUUUUUUCUUUUUUUUAACAGUUAGAAGAAUGUAAUUUUGGUCAUGCUUUAUCUUUGAAAUAUUUCUGGCCAUAAUGUGUCUUGCUGGUUUUUUUCCUUUUCGUUUUGUUGGUGGUCCUCUUUUGACGUUGUAUUCGUUUGUUUUUUGAGAAUGAAAUAUAAGGGAAGGUACAUUUUGUUGUUUUGAGAA